CAGCCUCUGACUCGUAAGUACCCAUGUGCCUCUCUCGGCUCUCAAGAGCCGUCACCCAUUCAAACGACACUUGCUGAUCUUCAGCACGACCAACAGCUGCGUUCGACUUGCAUUGCAGAAUUAUAUCAAUGUUUCUAGACAAGGCCAUUGGUUCUUUGGUAUUCUCUCAUCCUCAUAGCUAUCUUAUAGCUCACUCCUGUAAAGCGAGUCUACAUCACAUUGAGGGUUGUUGAGAGCCAAGGUAUCUUUGUGGACUAGGCCUGUAUCUGAGGGGGUUCACUCACCAUGGCCUUUUCGACGAGGACGCUGCCCGGCCAUAUGCGCCAGGGGUCUGCUAGUGGUAAUUCCAACGCACAGUCUACGGGCCAGUCAGCGACACUCCUAGCGCGUGUAGAUGAGAAAAAGGCCGAGUUGGAGAAUCUCAAGGAACUUCGAGAUCUUAGUGCCGCCGUCGCAAACCAGAUGGAAGCUCUACAGCAAAAGCUGGCAACAUUGUCUGACGGGACAGAAGCGAUUGCAACUGUGAUCGGCAACUGGCAUAAUGUUUUACAAGCCAUUAAUAUGGCGUCGGCUAAAAUCCCUGGCGCACAAGCAGCACAAAGUGAUGAACCUAGUAUCGAAGAAACCGAGCUGCCACUGCCCCAAACUCUGGUCCGCAUACCGACGGAACACGCACCUGCUCUGCAAGCACAGGCUGAACUCGCAAUGGAGGAUGAGCAGAGCACUCCUACCCCUGCACCUUGAAUUAAGCAACUACACGCGGCCUCUAUCCUGUCCUAGUGUGGCAGCAGCGGAUUAUUGAAAGGUUAAACCCAGUUCCCCGCAGAGCGAGAAGACAUGCUCAUCUGUAGUCCAAAAGUGCAGGAAGGUGAACUAAUU